UCUGUUGCCUACCAUCUACCUAUCAUUCAUUUGGAACAAGUCGUAGCUUGAGUAGCAAAAAUGGUCUGCUCAAAAAUUUUAAUUACAUUGGCAAUUGCUGUAGUAGCAAAGAUUCAAGCAGGACCAUGUGGUUUUCCUUGUUCUCCCAUCCCAGUUUCACCUUCUCCAUGUUCAGCACCUGGCAUUAGUCCUGCUCUUUUGAGCAUAUUGCCACUUUUGGCCGCAGCACCAUCUCCACCUUGCCCAAUCUUAGCCUCAGCUCCAGCCCCUCUUCCAUUACCUCUUCUUACCCCAAUUCCAGCACCAGCUCCGUGCUCUUCAUCAUCUUCACUCUCCGGACUUUUGAGCGCUUUGUUGCCACUUUUGGCCCCAGCACCAGCUCCAGCACCUAUUCCAUUACCUCUUCCAGUCCCAACCCCAGCACCUAUUCCAUUACCUCUUCCAGUCCCAACCCCAGCUCCAUGCUCUUCAUCAUCUUCACUUUUGAGCGCUCUGUUGCCACUUUUAGCUGCCAUACCAACUCCAGCACCAGCUCCUACUCCAUGCUUUAUUCCAGCCCCAGCACCAGCACCUAUCUCUGUACCACUCUCUCCCUUGCCAUUACCAUUACCAGCCUCUGGCCCAGUCUCUCUUCCAUUACCAUGCCCAGCACCAGCACCAUCUGCAGCUCCCUUCAACCCAGCUCUUUUGAACGCUUUGUUAUCACUUUUGACCCCUGCCUCAACUCCACUCCCAGCCACUAACUCAUUACCAUUGCCAUGUCCAGCACCAGCUCCAGUUCCACUCCCAUCACCAUUGCCAUGCUCACUUCCAACCCCAGUUCCAACUCCCCUUAACCCAGCUAUUUUAAGUAUUUUGUUACCACUUUUAACAGCUGCCCCGGCUCCAAUCCAAUGUGCUGCUCCAACUACUUGUGGUUGUUAAAUAUUGUUAUUUAUGAAUUGUAUUAAUUUAAUAGAAAUAAAAAACAUCAAUUACUAAAAAAUA